UUGUCAGUCUCCCAAAUAUAGCGGACGAGGCUGUGUCUGUGUGUGAGACUACCGGAGACACUUUCAUAAAAUAAAAGAAAAAAGAAAAAUUGUAUCCGUAUUUACAGACUCACGCGGAGGGCAGAAGGCAAGCCAUGCCAAGCUGAUACUGGAGUAACAGAGCUGACAGUGGGACUAUAUGUUAAGGAUUGUCUGUUGAACCCUUUACUACCUGGAGCCUACUGAAAUUCUUCUUCGGCUUUUAUCGGAAGGUGUUUUGGCAAUGGGGAGGAAGAAGAUCCAGAUCACCCGGAUCGUAGAUGAGAGGAACCGACAGGUGACAUUCAUGAAGAGGAAGUUUGGUCUGAUGAAGAAGGCUUAUGAGUUGAGCGUUCUGUGUGACUGUGAAAUCGCCCUGAUCAUCUUCAACAGCUCCAACAAGCUGUUUCAGUAUGCCAGCACCGACAUGGACAAAGUCCUGCUGAAAUACACCGAGUACAACGAACCCCAUGAGAGCAGAACCAACUCUGAUAUUGUAGAGGCCUUGAACAAGAAGGAGCACAGAGGCUGCGACAGCCCUGACGCUGAGGCCUCCUACGUCCUCACCCCCAAUACUGAGGAGAAAUACAAGAAGAUUAAUGAGGAAUUUGACAACAUGAUGAAGAGUCAUAAAAUUUCCACAGGCCUUCCACAGCAGAACUUCAUGCAUGUAGCACCAGGCAUCAUGUCAUACAGCCCCGGUGCAGGAGGAGGAGGAGGAGGUGUGACUUCCCAGGCUCUAGCUGCAGCCACAGCAGCUCUGGCUGACAGUGGAAUCCUCUCCUCACAUCACACACAUCUCCACAGAAACUCUCCACAAAGACCUCCCAGCACUGGAAACACAGGUGGCCUGCAGGGCAGUUCUGAUCUGGCUCUGCAGAAUGGAUCUGGACCAGUUGUGAACGGUUUUGUGGGGUCCCCUGGUGGAAGCAGUUUGGGGAAGAUCAUACCACCCAAAUCUCCUCCUCCUCCUCCUCUUCCACAUCCUGGGAACAGCAUGGUCCCUACCAGCCGCAAGACUGACCUCCGAGUGGUCAUCCCCCAAUCCAAAGGAAUGAUGCAAACACUGAGCAACCAGAGGCUGAGCAGCAGUCAGUCCAACCAGCCCCUGUCCACCCCAGUGGUCGCCAUCACCACACCCAGUCUGCCUCACCAAAAUAUGGUGUACUCUGGCAUCAGCUCUGCCUACAACGAUGAUUAUUCCCUGAACAGUGCAGAGCUGUCAGGCUUCAGCUCCCCAGCAGGCCCGUCUCUGAGCUCCAUGGCAGCAUGGCAGCAACACCAGCUGAGCUCACUGGGGCCGGGGAGCUCCAAUCUUUCCAUCAGCACCAACCACAACAUCAACAUCAAAGCCGAGCCGAUCUCCCCACCCCGUGACCACCUCAGCCAGUCUGCGUACAUGACCCAGGCUCACGUCCCUCCUCACCCUCACUCCUCCAACUCCUUAUCCACCCGCGUGGAGACGGGGAGGUCUCCUGCAGACAGUGUCAGCUCCUCCUGCAGCUCCCACGAGGGCGGCAGCGACCGGGAGGAGCAGCGGCGGCCGGACUUCCACUCGUUCGCCGUGAGUCGGUCAGAGGGCAGGGAGAGUCCGACGGUCAAACGAAUGCGAAUGGACAGCUGGGUGACAUAGAGCCUGCAGUCACAUGAUGACACAACACCAGGGGCAAACACAGGAAGGACACUUUUAUGCAAACGAAAUGUAGAUUUUAUCGACGUGUUCUGUUAUUUUUCAUUAAGUUAUCUCUGUUUUUGUUUUGUUUUUUUUGUUUUUUGGGGGUUUUUUUGUCAUAUUUAUGACAAGGUUUAAGCAGCAUUGCUCUGGAAAUUGUGCAUCUGUCAGAAACAUUCAGAAUUCUUCAGUGGUACUUACAUAAGCAUAAACAUAAGAUGCCAUCCUUUUGAAACAUAAAUCAUUUUAAGCAUCACAGACUGAAAAUAUGGGUCCAAAUGCAAUUACAAUCUGUCAUUCUUCUUAUCCAGUGGGAUGCAUUGAUGUACACAGAAUACUGAAAAAUGGUGAGUUUAGCGUUGUCUGUCAGUCUUGUUCAUGACUUGGAUGAUAAACCAGGGAAUCGCUUAUGGAUGUCUCCCACUGGGUGUUACCCAAUUCAUUUCUUAUCUUCUCAGGGUUUGAAACAUUGAGUCCAGCAUGAAAGCAAUACUCCCUCCACAUCAUCUUUCCCGUAACUUCUCUUUACAAAAACACUUAUUUAUAUCAGCCAAAGCAGUAUGCUUUUUUUAUGUUGUUUGUGAGUGUUUUUAUAUUGUGCACAGAAUAAGAUAAUAUUUCAUUCAGAUUUAAAACUGAAAGCCAUGGACACUUGUUCUAUAUGUACUAUCGAAAUGUGUCUUUAUUGUUUGUAUAUAGUGUCUUUAAUAUAUAUAUCACUUUCUGGUGUAACUAUAUAUUGUUAAUCUGUCUGUUGUAUCUGCCUGGGUGAAAUAUGACACCUCCACCAGAUUUUACAAAAGUAUAUUUUUGUGGAAGAUUGCCAUAUUUGCGAGGCAGUGUCUUCUCCUAACUCAUGGAGGAUAUCUGUUGGAUAAAUCUGUUUUGUGAAGUAUGCCAUGCUGCACUCUCUUGAAACCACGUCUCUCUCGUGAAAGAUAAAUGCACUCUAGAAAACGUCUUUUAACGAAUUAAAGAAAUCUAGCUCCUCAGAAGUUGUUUUUAAGAAAACAAGGGGCACACUCUAAACCCAGACCAGGAUGAUGAGAAGACAAGAAAAAAACUCUGUGCCUGAUGGCCUCAGCAGGGCUAAAUCUGGCCAAACUGAUAAGGUGAGAGCACAUGAGAGCAUAUGGGACAAGAUGAAUUCUGUUUUGUUAAUUGCAGAAAGAAACUUAAGUGUCACAUUAACCGCAGGAGGAUAAAGACCAAACACCUUCAAAAAAGGAUCAAGUGACCAUCGCACAACAAAGGUUGCACUUAUGUAUGUGGUUUUGGGUGCAUGAGGUAACCUCUCCUAGUGUGUAUUUUAAAUGCACAAUGAAGGAAUUAAACUUAAUCAGACAGAGUGAAAUUUGAGCAGAAAUUCAUACUUGAUGAAUAUUUACAAGGUUGUGAUGAAAUUCC